AGCAUAAAAAGAAGAAGGAAGAAUACUGAAGCCAAGUUGAUUGUGAUUUCGAUUUUGAUGUAUAUCGGUUUAAUUGUUUAAAGUUUAUUCUUCUCUACGGAAAAAAUUAUUUCUCGCAGAAAACUCUCAGUAAAAAUACAGAAUUCUACUAUUUUAGGCAGUACAGAAAAGCGGACUUAAUUUAUUAAAAGAUGAAAAAAGUGGCUCGCUUGCGUAUUCCACAGCAGGAUGAUGGUUCAAGCACAGGAGGUCAGGAACAUGUAGGCGUGCGCACUACAGGCCGCAUAAAAAAACCCAAGGCAGUAUUUGAUCCGUCUGACAACUACUUGCCGCGUUCACAGCGCGCCAACAUUGCAGCAACAGCUUAUUCAAGCGGCACAGGAUCACCAGCAAGUGGCACAUAUAACCAAACAGAUCGCAAACGCGAUACACCAACGUCAAAUUUAUUGCAAAGCCAAGACGCGCAACAAAACAAACGACUAUCACAAUCUUCUACCGCUUCGGGCAGUACAAACGCUGGGUCGACACCUGAAAUAGCUACCGCUGAUGUUUGUGAUGUGUGCCAAAAGCGCGAAGCAAAGCGUGGUACUCACGCCAAGAAUAAACUGAUUACUUGUUUGCAAUGUGAAAGACGGGUGCACAAAUUGUGUUUGCCAGUUGAUUUCGAGGAUGUUGAUGUUCUACGUCAAUACUACAAGUGCGAAAAUUGUCGCAAGUGCGACCUAUGUGAUGCGUUUGCUGACUGUGAACCAAAAAUUAAUCAACCAAUGGUUACAUGUUCUAAAUGUGUAAAAUCUUACCAUCUUACGUGCCACAUUCCCAAUGUGUACAAAUUUCAACAAAUUUUUCGCUGGAAAUGCAAUAAAUGCCAGCCGAGCAUUAACAAUGUUUCUGAUUUGCCUGUUAAAACCAUACGAGAAAUCAUUGGUGAUGAACCACAGCGAGCGAUUCGAACCCAACUGAUUCAACAACAGCAACAACAGCAAAAUGUAAGCAUUGCCGCAGCGGCGGCAGAAGCAAAAAGUACUGCUGCAAAAUUGUCACUUCAAGAAACUCAAAAGAACGGCGAGAACGGACAGAAACAAGACAAUGGAGGGCCGGAAACGGAUGCUAGCUACUUGGAAAGCGGUGGUAGUAGUACAACAAGCAGCAGUACUGCCAGUAGUAGUAGCGAGGAAAAAGUUGCUGACGUCACAGCUUCCAAAAGGCCAAAGCCAAACCAUGAUGAGACCGUUAAUAUUACUCCGGCUAUACGUUACAGCCCCUAUGAACCGAUUGAUGUACCGGAUGUAAAAGACUGGAAUGUUGAUCAAGUUGCUUCAUAUUUUGCGAAGUAUUUCCCAAAAGAAGCCCACGUUUUUAAGGAACAUGAAAUUGAUGGCACUUCAUUGCUAUUACUUAAGCGUAGUGAUGUUAUUAAAAAACUGCCCAUUAAAUUAGGUCCAUCGCUGCGCAUAUACAGUUUAAUACUGAAAAUUCAGACCCAAUUAAAUGAUCCCACUUUAGGUUGGAACUGUGGGCUUUAAGUGUAGCGUAUAAAAACAACUAUAUAUUUGUCUUUAAACUAUUACUAACCAAUAUUCUAUAAUUUUUCUACAAAUUUCUUGAAUUAAUAUCCGCCUUAUUAACGAAGACUCGUUUCAGGUGUUUUUCUUUGUUUGUUUUUUAUUAGUUUAAUGUUCAUUUACUUAUGUCCAUUCAUAUAUGUACAUACAUAUAUAUGUAUACAUAUUCCACAUGCGCUUCCCUGCAAGAAUUUAUACCAGCUUAGAAAUAGUCACGAGUCUAGAUUUGGGUGACGGGUACUGAUGCUAGUCCAUGCAAAUAACUGACCAAUUUAACAUGGCAUAACCUAGGACUGUUUCGAAACCAGUGAACAAUUUUCAGUCAAUUCGGACUGUUGCGAAUAUGAUUUAUUUGGAAUACUCCUCCAGUGCAUUACCUAAUCCCAGUUCGAUACUGUUUUGAAAGGACUGCUUU